AUGAACUCUUCAAGAGUUUCUUAUUUCACUCUGGCUGCUUAUGACUCUGGACUGUUGAGACACUUGUUCUUUAUCACUCUCAUCUGUAUGUAUGUUGUGAUCCUCUGUGCCAAUGUGCUGCUGAUUGUAGUUAUCUGUAUGAACAGAAGUCUCCAUGAACCUAUGUACGUGUUCCUGUGCAGCCUGUUUGUAAAUGAACUGUAUGGUAGCACAGGGUUGUUUCCUCUCCUCCUGCUCCAGAUCCUCUCAGACGUUCACACUGUUCCUCGUCCUCUUUGUUUCCUGCAGAUCUUCUGUUUGUACACGUAUGCGAAUGUGGAGUUUUGUAAUUUAGUCGUGAUGUCGUACGACAGAUACCUGGCCAUCUGUUGUCCUCUGCAGUACAACACACGUAUGACGGCGAACAGAGUGGCCGCGCUCAUCGCUCUGACCUGGCUGUUCCCGUUUGUGGAAGUUGCUGUGAUGAUUUGUCUGAGUGCACCGUUGCAGUUGUGUGGAAACAUCAUCAACAAAGUUUACUGUGAUAAUUACAAUGUGGUCAAACUUGCCUGUUCCGACACCACAGUCAACAACAUCUACGGAACCAUUUACUCCACAGUCAUCGUGGCCGGAGUCAUCUUUUCGGUCUUUUUCACGUACGUGAAGAUUUUGAAAAUCUGUCUCUCUGGUUCUAAGCAGACGAGACAGAAGGCCUUCAGCACGUGCGCCCCCCACCUGGUGUCGCUGCUUAACUUCUGCUGCGGUGCCACGUUCGAGGUGUUUCAGAGCAGGUUCGACAUGCGCAGCGUUCCCAACGCGCUGCGCGUCUGUUUAUCUUUAUACUGGAUCACGUGUCAGCCGCUCUUCAACCCCAUCAUCUACGGACUGAACUUGACCAAAAUACGCAUCGCAUGUAAAAGUCUGCUCGCUGGUAAAAUGUAA